AUGACCCAACCGAUUCCAGAUCUGAAUCUCCAUCUUCCAACCGCCCUCAUCCUCAUCGACAACCAAUCCGCCUUUACCCAUCCAGACACCCUUUCGCACUGGGGCACUGCCCGAUCCAAUCCUCACUACGAAGAGAAUCUCCAAUCCCUCGUCUCCAGUUUCCGAGCAGCAAAAGCACAAGCACAAGCACUGGAAGCAGCAACUUCCCCAUCCGCCUCAACCUCCGAACCUAAAAGUGUAGAAAAACAGGCCCCGACCCUCGAAAUCAUCCACAUCUUCCACUCCUCCGACUCUCCCACCUCCCCCCUUCAUCAUGCUCACCCGCUGAAUGGAAUCCAACCACUCGCCUUUGCUGCGCCCGCGACCGACGGGACCGAGCCCAUCUUCUGGAAGAAUGUCAAUUCCGCUUUCAUCGGGACCACGCUGGAGGCGUACUUGCGCGCUAGGGACAUUCGACAGAUUGUCUGUGCCGGACUGACGACGGAUCACUGUGUGUCCACGACGGUGCGGAUGGCGGCGAAUCUGGGCGUCGUGGAUCGCCCUCGGUCGGUGGGGAAUGGGCGGGUUCGGUUUCGAUCGGAUGGGUCGCGCGAGAAUGAGGUGUCGGUGGACAAGGGUCGAGUGAUUCUUGCGGCGGAUGCGACGGCGACGUUUGGGAAGGGAGGAUUCGAUGCCGAGACUGUGCAUCGGGUGUCGGUUGCGAGUCUGGAAGGGGAGUUUGCAGAUGUGAUGGAUACCGAGGCAAUUGUCCAGGCUUUGAAUAGGGUUGGGGGGGCAAGGCGUCAAUUGUAG